AUGGCCGUCGAUGGCAGAACCCUACAGCAUGACUCGAAAACAAUUAAGAAAUUUUACGAGGUGGCGUGCUUGUUGCACAGCCUGAAUGUGGCAAGAGGUGACCGUAUCAAACAAAACCUUCCUACAGAGGAUGACGAAUAUAACCUGUCGAAAUGUAGGCGAGAGUUCGCCGACGCUUUGGCAUAUAUAUCUGUCAAAGAGAAGGGCGGAGACACGGUGACCGCAGUCGCACUUGGAAAAUCAGACGAGAAAGUCAAAAUUUGGAUCGCCAUGAACAAGGAAGUAACGGACAGGGAUCCUGUAUGGGCCUUUUUGGACAAAGUGCUCCAGGAACUCGACCGCAUUGCAGAUCAACAGAAUAAGUCACCCGACCGCAAGAAGCAGGAGGACAUUCUCCGAGACUAUAUCCUUAAAUUCAACAAGAAAAAGAUAUACAGUUACUACACGGGUGCCCUAUCCUUCUGGAACAAAAUCAGUUCUUCUGCCUCGGCACCUAGAGAUGAUGAUGAUUUCAUAGCCUUAAAGAGCUGGGUACAAGAAGCGUUUUAUAAAAAUGCAGUUAAGCUACGGGCAGAUGACAUGGCAGGCCUUGCCAAGAAAAGCCACAUUCUCCGUGAACGCAAUCAUGGAUUGGAUGUAUUGGGCGCCUUAGAGAGGUUAACAACCAAAAGUGACGCGCUAACCACGGCGUACGAGCGGCUACAUAAGCUGCUUUGUAAGCUUGGGAAGCAUAUCACUUUGUAUAGGAAAUUGGUCCGAGCAAGGAAAUCCCUGCGCAAUGAUUUCGCAGGAGGAUAUUCAAUAUCCCAAGUACCUCAUUCUCCUUCUCCUAAUGAGUCGGAAUCAUUCCAAUCCGAUCUGGCGAGCAUAGCAGGCAGUAUAUUCCCAGAUAACGACGGACAAAAUGCGCUUCUCAACCACGUUCACAGGUUUUAUGAUUCGGGAGACUUAUCGCAAGAACUGUCUCAGAACUGCAGUUCACCUCGUCUAGUACACGCAGAGAUCAAAUUAAUUGAUCAUUUUGAUCGAACUUCAUCGCGGUUUCUAGACGAGAAUGAUCCGUAUAUCGGAUGCAGCAAGCCUGCAUGCUACCUGUGCUUCAGCUAUAUACGCAACCAUCCUCGAGGAUAUGCUCUGCCCCCAUCACACCAAAAGCUUUAUUCAAGAUGGCGUCUUCCAGAUGUGCAGGUAAAUGACCCAGACUCUUGGAAACGAUUCGAAGACCAGAAAAGAUUCCUGGUUGACACAACGAAAACGCUCUAUGAGGAUCUACGAGCCGAGAUUCGAAUUCAAAUAGGGCCCUGGGGAGCGCAUGCAGAUUCGACCGCAGGGGCAAGCUCAAACGCAGCCAUACGUGUACCCAUGUCGAUGAAAAGUCUUCGAGAGAUCGGGCUACAUCGAGCGCGUCAGCUUUCAGGGAACAGUAUGUUAUAG